AUUGUUGUAUACAAUAUACAAACUUUGCAUCAUUUAUUGAAUCCUCUGGUCUGGAAAGAAGCUUUCAAAGAGAGAGAAUCAAUCAAGUUGAUGAAAAUAAACAUGGGUUUGAAGAUAUGUCUCCUGACUUUUCUCAUUGUAGCAUCGCUUGUAUCAUCAUCAUCUGCAGCCCGAUGUGGAUCCUCCAUUCCAAUGAAGAAACUUGGUGCAACUGAUCAGAAUCAGGAAUCUUUAUAUUCAGAAGAUGAUCAAAUUUCAAAGAGGGACAAUAUUCAUGAGAGGCUGCUAAGGGCUAAUACGAAAGAUUAUGGACGACCAGAUCCCGCACCAACAUUUGUCAAGCCUCCUUUCAAACUCAUACCAAACUAGGCAUCGCCUUAGAGCUCAGCUACACGUUCUACACAUGCAGUAUCUAUGAAGUUAGCGAUAUAUAUAAUAUAUAUGCCUUUUGGAGUAUUACGUAUAUGCGUUACUCUAUAUAUAAGUUUUCGAGAUAAUUAUCAUCUAUAUGUAUAUGUUACUGUGUUGCAGCUAGGGUUUAUAUUACCCAGAAAACAUCAUGCAUGUAUAAUAUUAAUGAAGUAUGGAUGUUGUAUGUUCCAUAUUAAUUAUGUUUAUGAAGUAUGAAUAUAAAUAUAGUACUGGCAUGUUCCUACUA